CGCCUACCGCCGCCACCGCCGCCGCCACCGGCCGCCGCCGCCAUGGUGACAAUUUCCGCCUCUCCGGCGACCAUCUCCCAACAGCCGCCAAUCCCAACUGUCGACUCUCUCUCUGACAUUGUUGACAUGACCAAGAUGACCCAAUCUGACCUCCUCGCCCUCUCCCUCCGCUCCUCCUCCGCCGUCGACGCCCACCUCCCCGAUGAACUCCUCUGCCCAAAGAUCGAUCGCUCUAUCUUCAACGAGAGCGCCGGCUCCCGCCGCCAGACCUAUUCUCGUCCCCCGAAGCCCCAAUCCCCCGCCACCGCCGCUACAUCCGCCACCACGACCGGUCACCACCAUCGCAACCGCCUCCCCGGUCUUCUCCCCACUCCGAAACCCCCUCCAGUCUCCGCCGACGAUCCGGAACGCCACGAAAACAGAACGAUCAUCAGCUAUCUCAAGCAUUUCAUUUCUCAAAACCCUAAUCCUAAUUUCGGUCACAUCGAUUUGACCCCUCCCUCGCUGCCCGCACCACUAGGCCCCGUGAGGGAGUCAAUGAAUUGGAUGAGUUUCGGCAACGAGAGGAAGCGGAAGAGAGGAAGGAAGCCGAAGGUGAAGGUGAAUGUGGAGGGAAGUGAAAUGGGGUUAGAAAUUGUGAAUAGGGAUGGAGCGGUGGUUGACAUUGAGUCAUUGGCGAGUGCUGACGAUCCUUAUGCCGAAGAAUUGAGGAAAAGGACGGAAGGUUUGGUGACAGAGGAGGAGUUGUUAGGGUUUCUGAGGGAUUUGGGAGGGCAAUGGGGCAGUAGGAGGAAAAGGAGGAAGAUUGUCGAUGCAUGUGUCUUAGGGGAUGCAUUGCCAGUUGGGUGGAAGCUCUUGCUUGGUCUCAAGAGAAAAGAGGGACGCGCUUCGGUGUUUUGCCGCCGAUAUAUAAGCCCAAGUGGUCAACAAUUCAUAUCAUGCAAGGAGGUUUCUUCCUACCUUCGUGCGCACUUUGGGCUUAAAGAUGCAUGCAGGCCAGCGAGUCAAAGAACCAAUGAUAUUCAGCACGAUUUCAAACAUGCAAGCGUUACCUAUAAGGACAGUAGCCAAAGCCCUGGCAACAUUAGCAGAAUGAGUAAGCCUAUUCCGUCUCUGUCAAAUGACCAUGGUCAGGAGGUUAAUUUGCUUGGAAUUGACAAUUUGGCGGAGGUUCAAAUACUCGACCUUUUCGAAUGUCAUAAAUGCAACAUGACUUUUGAUGAGAAGGAUGCGUAUCUGCAACAUCUGCUAUCCUUCCACCAAAGGACAACAAGGAGGUAUAGGCUUGGUUCAUCUGUAGGAGAUGGAGUAAUAAUGAAAGAUGGAAAAUACGAAUGCCAAUUCUGCCAUAAGGUAUUUGAUGAAAGGCGUCGAUAUAAUGGUCAUGUGGGAAUCCAUGUGAGAAACUAUGUUAGAAGAGUGGAAGAAACGCCUGGACAGGUGGUUCUUCAGAAGAACAUUGAGUCUUCAAGCAGGGAUGUUCUACCUUUGAAGAUAUCUAAAAUGGAUGCUCUCAUUGAAAUUGCACAGAGUUCAAUUCUCGAAACUUCUCCUGUCGUAGAUGAUCAUAAACUGUCUGACAAUUGUCAUCGUGAUGGACUUAAUGAGGAGAAAGUUGAUGCUGUAACAGAAACUAAUACUGGCCCUUGGAUAGACUUUGGUCCUUCUGUCGGUGAACCAAGAAUAAAAAGAAACUCCAGUGAGGAAGCUAUGGAACCAGAGUCAACUGAUGAAGAUGGUCGGAAUAUGGAUGCUCAUAAGGAAGGGAAGUUUGAUGACUGCGGCGAUGUUGUAGAUGUCAAGAUAAGCUCUAAUUUUGGUACUACAAUCGAAUUAGCUAUUGAAGAAAUUUGUCACACAUCCAAGACAUCUGGUGGAGAAGAUGAUCAGGCAUUUGCAGUUCAAGCAAGUAGCGAUAAAUGUGGUAUUUUGCAGGAAAAAGGACCUGAAAUUUCUCCCGUCCUACUGAAUGAUAAUAAUAGUAUUGCAAAUUGUAAAAAUGCUGAAAGUUUGGCUAGCAACUUAGAUCCUCCCGAGAGUGAUGGGAAAGAGCUAGAAAGUACAUUGGGAAGCAGGAAAAAUGAAGCCAGUGAUCAUGUGAUCAAGACAAUGCAGCAGAUAUUUGAGAGUACCUUUGAUGAAGACGAAGCUCCUGAUUCAGUCUCCAAGGAGGAGAGUGAUCCCCAUGCUGCUGAACAGAGAAAUUAUGACUUUGCAGCAUUUGAGGAGAUGAGAUAUGAUGAAGAGGAAACUAUGAAGUAUGAUUUGGUAACGGCAGAAGAUCCCCUGACAGAUGUCCCGGUAGAAAUGCCAAAUAAUGCUGACAUAGAGCAGCAGUAUGUUUCUCCUGUUCGGUUUGGACCAGAAGAAGUGAUGUUAGAUGUGGUUGCAAGACAGCAGCUUACUACUGCUUGUAUGUGGUGCGGCGUAGAGUUUAAGCAUGAUGCUGUUGAUUCAGAUUUGCCAUCAGAGUCGGUUGGUUUUAUGUGCCCAACCUGCAAAGCUAAAAUCUCUGGACAACUCAAUCUACUGGACAGUGGUUUUGCCUCGAACUGAGGCCAUGUCUGAGCUGGCUUCACAAUCAUCCUGUUCUGUGGGCCAGCUGCAGUUAUGAUCGGGUAAUGCAGACUGGAGAUCCAACAGGGAAAUUAUCUGCGAUUACCAUUUUUGAGCAGUCAAAUGUAUUUGCUUUACUUGUUUCUGACCUGUCAAGUCACUGGUGUAAUGUAUAUAUAGUUAAUGUUGUGUAUUCUGUGUGUAUGAAUGCCUUAUCUAUUGGCAGAAUCCCCCCCCCGAAUAUUAAGGGUUUAAUCUCAAAUCUCAGAUCAUGUUAUGUAUUGGGAAAUCUGUAUACAAUUCUGUCCCCUUGUUUUAGCCCCCUCUUGGAAGGUUUAACAUAGCUCAUUUGUUUCUUUCUGUUCAGUUUUUAUGAUUGGUUAUGAUUUUAA